AUGGGUUUUCAAGACACAACAAUACCGGUAUAUAAAGGUGCCAAAGUUGACGAUAUUGAAGAUUUUCUCUUUAAUUAUGAGGGUUAUGCCAAAGCAAAGAAGUAUGAUGAAGAGACUACUUGCUUUAGAAAAGUUAAAGCUGAAAAUGAACCAGAAUUAAAGAUUGUUCAGCUAAAACACCUAAAACAAGAUGAUAAAGAAUCUGUAAGAGAAUACACAAAUAGAUAUGAGGCAUAUGCCGAAGCUGCCAGAAAUAAACUUAGGGCUAAUGAGAAACAUGACUGGUACAUUCAAGAAAGUCACUGUCCUAAGAACUACGAUAAGGCAAAGAAGAAAGCAUUAGAAAUGGAUGAAUACAAAAGAGAUAAAGACCUUAAUAAGAACAAUAGUUCUACAAGAUCUGAAGAAACAGCACAAUCGAAUAAAGCAGAUGUGGACAUCGACAGUAUCAUAAAUAGACUAGCUGUGCUUAGCAUCAAUUGGGUUGAGCAAGAGGAAAAGUUAAAUUAA